AUGAGCGACGAUGCAGCCGAGUCGGCGGCCCCCCAGGCCGGAGGUGUUUCAGACUCCCACGAUAUCGAUGCCCGCGCCAUUGUGAGGGUAAUGCAGUGUUCACGGUGUUCGUAUCCUUUGAGAGAUGCCAUGACGCUCCCGUGCGGCAACACGCUUUGCAAACCAUGUCUCCCUCCCAUCUACAAACGGGGCAAUAUCACAUAUCCUCCUGUUGAAGGGCGAGAGAAUGGGUUCUUGUGCCCUUUUCCGGACUGUGGCAUGGAGCAUUCCGUCGGUGACAGUGGAAUGGAUGUGGUGACAAACAAAAUAACACAGCUUGUCCAGGCCCAGUUAACGAAUUGCAAGACGGAGAGCACCGAGAAGCGUCUAUUAUUGGAAGAGAGGCUGGAUAUGGCAAAGGUCGUCGAAAGCGGGAUGGAUGUUAUGCCCAGAUCGAGGGUUCUGCAUGGAGGACGGUUGGUUGCGACAUAUUCCCUCGCAGAGAUGGGCGAACUGGAUUAUACCUCGGAUGUCGCAUACACUCCGCUGGACGCAGAGUCCUCGGAGUCAAACUGCCGCCUGGACGUGGCAGCUCUGGAGAGUAUUCGAGAUCCUGUCCGCGCAGAGCUCGAUUGCCACGUUUGUUACCAGCUUAUGCUUGACCCAGUAACAACAUCCUGUGGCCACACCUUUUGUCGGCGAUGUUUCGGCCGGGCUAUGGACCAUUCCAGUUAUUGUCCGAUGUGUCGUCGAAGACUGCCGACUCAGGCAGCAUCAUCUGCCCCCCUGGCCAGCAACAAGUUGCUCAACGAUCUCAUGCAAUGCCUGUUACCCGAUCAGCUCGCCGCUCGGAAGGCCAUGGCCGAAGAAGAAGAUAGAGUGGACGAGGAGAAUCGCUUGCCUUUGUUCCCCUGCACCUUGGCCUUCCCUCAGAUGCCGACAUUUCUCCACAUCUUCGAGCCCCGUUAUCGGCUGAUGGUGAGAAGGGUGUUGGACAACGGAUCACGCAAGUUCGGCAUCUUGAUGACUAGAAUGCAGUCUUUUUCCAACCCCGAAGGCACAGGAAUCCCUCGGUUCCAACCGAUCGGCACGGUCUUGUAUAUUGAACGCAUUGAAAUGCUUCCGGAUGGUCGCAGCCUGAUCGAGACGCGAGGACUUUCCAAAUUCCGCGUCCUGGACACGGACGUCUUUGAUGGCUACUUGGUCGGUCGAGUAGAACGGGUGGACGACAUCCCCAUCCGCGAAGAGGAGAUGAGAGAGAGUGAGGAGACCUCCCGAAGCGCUUUUCCGGGGGAAAGCGAGGCUGGGCGAAUACAGCGAAUGUCCACCCAAGCCCUGUUAGAAUAUGGGUUGAGUUUUGUGGAGCGAGCUCGGUCUCGAUCUGCACGAUGGCUGCAUCAACGUGUGCUUGCUGCUUAUGGCGAACCGGCCACGGACCCGGCCGUCUUCCCUUAUUGGCUCGCAAGCGUUCUACCCAUUGCGGAAGAAGAAAAAUAUCAACUUUUACCUACUACGAGCGUUCGACAGCGAUUGAAGAUCACGGCGUUAUGGAUUGAAAGGUUGGAACGAGCACGAUGGUAA